GUUUUAUCAAGCACAAGCCUAAAACGUAGUCAAACCUAAAAAAAACGAAAAAAAUAACAGAAACAGCGUUACAGUUCUAAAAAUGUUGCAUCUCGAGUAUAAAAAUCACCUAAUUACGUGCCCCAUGUGUCUAGGAAAAGGCUACUGCAACGAGGACAAAUCUAAGUUCUUAUUUGGAUUUGGAAAGCCAGCCUCAGUUUCAGCUAAGUGCUCGCUGCGACUACCAAAUAUUAAUUUUGAAAAUAAAAAUUUCGGAAGACGUUCAUCUAGUCACGGGUCUGAAUUUCCUACCAUAGAAGGUAGUACGGGUGAUGUACACCUACCGAUAGUACUUCCUAGCAAGACUAACUUCAAUAAAAAGUCCAUGGCAUAUCCUGGUGGUGAUAACUCAAAAAUCCAGGAAUAUCGUCCGUUACCUGUACCUUUCAAAUAUGAAAGACCGCAAGAUGUGUUGAAACUAGCAUUGUUAAAGUUGAAGCAAAAUCAAUGGGAGAGUACUGUGCAAGCACUUAUGAAAAUUGCAGAAAUGUCAAGGUAUCAUCCGGAAAUGAUAGAUCCUAACAUGCCAAUUAUCAAUAGGAGUAUAUGUAGCUUACUAAAAAAUAUAAGGUCCAACAUAGUGAAAACUGCUUGCCAAGUGGCAAAAGAAAUGUUUCUAACGAUGCAAUGUACUCAGAGGCCUGAGUUUGAUGAGCUAGUUGGUAUGCUUCUGCAGAAAACAGCAGAUACAAAUAUGUUAAUACGGCAAAAUGCUAACAGUGCAUUGGAUGCCAUGGUUGAUUCUGUGUCUUCUUCACACUGCGUGAGAGUUCUAUCCAGUACUUGGGGUGCAGGGCACAAAAAUCCCUCAGUACGUGCUACGGUCAGUCGUUUGUUGAAUUAUAUUGUUACCAUCACUGGAGUCACCACACUUUUAUCGGCAUCGGUGGCAAAAGAUACACGUACUAGAAUAUUUGCAACGAGUGCAAGAUUUUUAGUCGACAGCAAUUCUGAGACUAGGGGAUAUGCAAGAACGUUGAUUAAACUUCUCAUGGGCCACGACAAUUUUGAAAAUCAAUUCAACCGAGAAGUCGAUCAUAAAUUGAUAGAAAAAGUCAAGAAAGAAUUGAUGGCAUUGAAAUAUUCUACGCCGAGCAAUUCUCAUAUGAAAUGAUGAUGUUAUGAAAUUCAGUAAAUUGAAUGAUGAACACUGUGAAA